CAGUAGAAUAGCAAGUGAGGUGGAGCUGAUCUGCCGCUCAUGCUGAAUGUUGGAGAGAGUUUCUUUGUAAAAGAAGAGACGGAUCUUUUAAGCACUGAGUUCAAUGAUAACCCCGGGACAUGCUAUUUCUAUGCACCAAUAACAAUACAGACUGGUCAACUGCUGGGACUAUUCAUUGCCAUCUGGGAGCUAACAUCAGUAGGGUCUGAAUCUCUCCCUUACUUUAGGUAAGUGAUCGCGAAUGGUAUAUAUAAUAUUCCUCAAUCGCUAGUUUAGGGUGACCAUGUAGGUGUCCCCAGUUACAGGGGAUGGAGAAUAUUAGCAGGAGCAGUGCAGAGGAGGCAAUGAAGAUUCCAGGAGGGUUCACGAUCGACGUGUCUAGCGUUUUUAGAAAGGUUCUAUAUCAUUAAAUGUAUCAAGGUAUUGACAAUGCAAGGCAAUGUGUUUAAACAACAAACUUUGAAAUCAGGACUAUGGUUUGAAUGCACUUACUAUUGAGGACCGUUUGGCUUAUGGUGAACCUAACGUUUCUGGAAUUGAACCAUAUCUGAAUAAAGUAGUUGGAGCGGGUCAGAUGCAGUUCCAGCUAAAUGGCAGAGUUUUUGUAACGUACAUGGGUUAGGUGACCUUUGCAUUAUAAUGAUUUGGUACGGAUAGUGUAGCAUUCCAUUAGUGACUGGCAGGGUCACAGAGUCUAUGUGUAAAAGGAGCUCAUUUGUUUAGGGGUGGCAGAUCUCAGACGAUGCCCAAUAGUUCCUAACCGGCUGGUCAGACAAGAGUUAAUGAGAACAAAAUACCCCAAUGCACAUAGAGUGUCUGCCAGUGUAAAUUAAAGGCUGGUAUCGUGGUCUGAGGAAAGCAUGUAGUUGUUCCCUCAGAAUGGAUUGAAAUUAUAAGGUACAAACAGUUGACAUCAGUUAUGUUUAACCCUUUAUGUUUCCAUGUUGUUAGCAAUGUUGUCUUGCCUUGCACACCCAGUGUUCCCAAAGGGAUACAUUAUUCUGUAGGCUUUGACAUUUAGCAAGUUUAAGUCACAUUUACAGUUUUCUUAUAUAUUUUUUUGUUUUAUUUCUUUCAUCAGUAGCUGAAUGCAAAGGGUUAAUACAGAUGAUCAUUCAUUUCCUGUGAAGAGGUAACAUAUAUGAGGUUUACAUAUACACAAGAAAAAAAAGUUAAAAAGAUGCAAACAAAUAUCUAGUGAAUAAGUUAUGAUUCUAAAAUAUGUGCAACAUUUUGUGGAAAAAGCAACAACUAUGAAGUGCAAUAGCUCAUAAAACAAUAUAAUAUAAUAAAUAAAGGUGAGCUGUGCCUUUAAAACAGUAUUUAAAAUAUCAAAUAAUUAUGUGCAAUUUAAAAAAAGUUUAAUUUAACAGAGCCAAUAGGAAUUUGCAAAACAAAUACUAUACUAGGUUCAUGCAGCCCGACAUCUGCUCUCCUAGCUUCAAUAAAACUUUAGCAGUGGUCAGUUAUCUAAUAUUUUCUAAAUGAAAACAAGUGGAUACAUAAAACAACUUAAGAUGCUGCAGUCGUUGCAUAUUUAGUAGCUCAGAAUGCAGUAAGCACUUAAAAUCAGAAUCUUAAACUAUUCCGCUUGAGUACACUUGGGUUGGUCUCAGCUGUGAACAAAUCCACUUUGUACCAAAGCAGCCAGCAUUGAGCCCAUGCUGAUUUCUGUGGGAGCUGCAUUGAACUUUAGGAGAUGAACCAUACAGAGGAUUUGGCAUAGCAACAUAAUUUAAGUUUAGAAGUUGUUAACUUUGCUGGAAUUUAGUAGAUCACCUUAGUGAUAAUUAUUUCUGUAUCUGAGAUGUACAAAAUCUCCAUUACACCCGUAGAAUAUUGAAAUGAAAGAGUUUAUAGUUAUCUAACCCCAAAUUAUAACAAAUUAAAUUCGUAAUUGCAAAAUGUAGGCAAACAUAGCUGCUUUAGAAAAUUUCCACUCUGCUGUGGUCACACUUGGCUACUGUUUCCUUACCCUUUGCAUCUCAGUUUUCAAUUUGCUCAAAUUUGGAGUUUAUUAAAUCUAAUCAAUUCAUCAUUUUUUUUAAAUUAGAUAACUCAAUGGCAGACAUAAGCAGGCAAUUACACAUUAGAAUGUCUUCAUUUUAUCAAUAUAAAACUGUUUGUGCAGAUAGUGUAUAAGUGGUACUACGAUUGCGUUAUCUACUUGGAUAAAUAUCAGUUCCACAUGCUGAUGGGCAGCCCAUGAAAAUAUUAAAGACAAUUCACUUUGAUUAUAAAUGUAAAUGUUAUUCACUUAAUGGCAGCACUUUUUAUGUAUUGUCCAUACACAUUAAAAGAAUGAUGUGUCCAGGAAAAUAUGGUGGCUAUGGCGAUUAAUGGGGAACUGAAGUCUUAAAGAAUGCUAUUGUCACAUCAUGGAACUUAAAAUUCCCCUUCAGCUUUUUCUGAUACAGAUCGGACCUUUCAGAAUGUUUAUAAAUAUAGUCACAUGGAACAAAAAUCUACUUAUAGAUUCUUGGGAAAUAAGACAACAUAAUAUUUUUGCCUGAGAGAACAUAGUGUGAUUAUGUUACAUUAAGAAAAUUGUGUCUGAAAAAGAUCCUUUAAAACCAGCAGAUUGACAUUUUUAUAAGGUUAGGCUUGUCUGCAAGAGAGUAUUAUUUACAUUACCGAAUGUUUGUCUUUAAGCACAGACUCUGUAAUCCUUCAGCUAUUGUGAUACACACUCAUUGUGCAAGUUUUAUGGUUCUGUAUUUAGAGUCAAAAUACUAAGAGCUCAAAGAAUCUCAAAGGGUUACAUGUUUAACCUAAAUUCAUAUCUACCCUGCUCUCAAUUGCAAGAACAGCUGUCACCUUAACAUGGAUGCAUAGCUAUAAAUUGAGUAACAUAUAAAUUAUCUCUUUGUUCGGUGACCUCACUUUAGAUCACUUUUCAGUGGGUGUUAUUCACUAAAUCACGGAUUGUUAAGAAACUACUAGACAGCUGCGAGUUGUAGGCCAAAAUAGCUAAGUAAGAAAAACAAAAGGGUUUAGAGAAUGUUUCCAAUUAUGGUCUAUAAUUUGCAGCUCCCUAUUCAAUUCCCAGUUUAGUAUAGAACUAUGAGUAUCUGUUUGCCUUCUUCAAUUUACCCAGGCUCCAACUCAAAGCAGUCUAACAAAACAGAACUGAGCAUUAAGUUCAAAGUUUAUGUAAACAAACCAUGUUGGCCAUUUUGUAGGCCUCCAUGUUUGCAAUGCACCAGUUAGUCCAGGUGAUGGGCUGUUUACAUAAGUCUGUUUAAAAGGACACCCACCACUUCUAUUAACAAUACUUUUGCUUAGAGGAAUAUAAAUCGGCCUCCCACUAAGGGAUAUGAAAUGAGAGCUACAGACGAAACAUAAUGGCAAAUGUUAUGCACAUAGCAAUGCAAAGCAAUGGGCAGGGAUGAGGAGGUGGGGCACAUAAGACAUAAGAUGAAAUUACACAUAAAUUGGCAUGCUGAGUUAAACUGAAAAAAGAUAGCUACAUGAUGCAUAGAAAAAACAAACAGGCAAGCAUGUCUGUAACAUAGGUAUAGAAGGCACGUAAAACUACAGAGGGUAAGUUGCCCAUAAGAAGGAAAAGGGAACAUAUGUUAUGGGUCAACAAGAUAGACAGAAGAGGCAAGAAAGGACCCCACAAGGGAGAGUAGUUUUUUGUUUUUUUUUAUUUUGAAACUUGUGUUUCUAAGUAUAAAUGUUUAGCUAAAAUCUUAAAAAUUGUUUUAGUUCACUUGAUGAAUAGAACUGACCCUUUUCAUGGUUCAGUUUUCAAUACAUUUUCUCAUUUUAUUCUAUUCGUGGGAAUUAUGAAUUGCCAAAAGAAUGCAAUAAUGUAGGUUCAAAACAUCAAUAACACCAAGUACAAUCACUGGCCUGCAGCCUACCUGCGGUAAAACCAGGUUGUCUAAACAGAAAACGGCUUUGCUUUAACUUGAUCUGAGCUAGGUGACAUCAGCUGAACUGUGUUUAAAUUAAAAUCUGGGGGGAUCAGUUUACUAAAUGCUAACCAAACAGCAGUCAAGCUUGUCACAUUUGUACUGUUUUAACCCAUGCAUCUAUUCACAAAGCACAAAUCCUGUUAUUUCUACCACAUUUACAUAUAUAGCAUUAAAUCAUGUGUGCUAUCCCAAAUCGCUAUACACAUUUAAAGGGACACUGUAGGAACCCAGAUCCCUUCAGCUUAUUGAAAUGGUGUGGGUGCACUGUACCUUUUGCGCUUAGUGCUGCAAUGCGGUAGUGCCAGGAAUACAGCUUUGUAUUCCUGGCACUACAGAAUCUUUUUAGAUAACUGGAAUUUUUUUUUGUUUCAUUCCAAUGGCCAUUUAAGUGUAAGAGCUCACCUGUCACGUUAAGGCAAAACAUCUUAGUGAGUUCUACGCUAACAAUUCACCUUGUUGCUUUCAGCUAAAAUGCUAAAUCACUUAUGAGGCAGAGAGGGGUAUUUUUGUAAACCCCUACAUACUUAUUUACCUUUAAUAAGGAACACAUGGGCUGGGCAGCAGCAUUGUAGCAUGGCUGUGUGAUUCAAAAGAAAAUACAAUACAUAAAAACUCACCUAAAAGGUUUUGCCUUGACGUGGCAGGUGAGCUUAAACUUUAAUGGCCAUUGGAGCGCUACUAAAACCCUGUCAGUUAGUUAAAUGUCCAUAGGAAUUCGCAUAGUAUACAAGUAUUAAUUUUAUUGUUAUUCUAUGUAUUGGAGUUGAUGUGUACUAUAGUAAUUGCUGCCACCCAGGAGUAGUGGGAGUUUGAGCACACGUCUUAAUUUUGUAUACUUGUAUAUACCUAUAUGUAUAUAGGUGCAGUUUGGUAGUGUUUUUGAAAACAGCUGAAUCUCUGUAAAAUAUGGGGGAGUCGGCUCUCCACAUACAACCUAAUUAACUUAAUUUGCUAGUUCCAAUUGCCCUGAUACAGACCAUGAGAAUUGCAAGUAAAACUCUAAGUAUCCUAAUCCUAAGUCACCCUAGUGCUAACCCUUUAACCCCUUCACUACACAAAUCAUGUAUAAAUGAUUUUUAUGGUAUGUUCUCAUGUCCAAGAAUCUUGUAUACAUAAUGUUAACUAUUGAAAUUGUAAUUUGUUUAUUGUGUGCAAUUGCUUUCCAUAUAGCAGGGCCAGCACGACCAUGUUAGCGACAGCUCUGCUGUGAUCCCUAACAGCUGUACAGGCUGUGGGAUCUAUAGCUUGCCCUGUCCAGAACUGCUCUAACUGAGCAUAGAUAGGGAUCUGCACCCAGCCAGAGGUUCAGACUUGUACUGACAGUCCAUUUUAUCCACAGGGUCCAAUUGCCUCAUCUAAUCCCAAUAGGUAAGCAGGAGGGGGACAACAGUAAAGUAAAAUUGUGGGAAGGCUGGACACAGAUACACAGCCUCCUCACACACAGUUACACCAGUCUCUGUGCCAUGCUCACCCUGUCACACUAAUUCUGUGAUGGUCACCCUGUCACAGUCAUCUCUCCCACAGACACCCUCAAAUACACACAGUGACACUUAUAAACAGUCAUCCCCAGCAGACAGUUAACUUUAGACACACACAAUAAGCCUCCUACAUAAAAAGUAACUCCUCACCAUAAACAUAAAAUGCAUAUCAAGCCCACAACCAGCCUCCCAUACAUAUGCUCCAAGACACAGUGAUACGCAUGCUCACAGAUAAAAGAUUUACACAGACACACACAGACGUAUUGAUAAACACUGACAGACUCACUCAGACACACUAGGUAAGCAAUACAUACAGCCAGACAUGCAAUGUGACUUUGUGUUUAUAGCUGUCAAUGUGUGUGUGUCAUGAUGUUUUUCAGUGUGCUUCUGUGUAUGUUUUUGUUUUGAGUUCUGUCUAGCUAAAUUAUUUGUUUUUGUUUACGUUAAACGAUGUGCUAUCAAUGCAUACUGUAUUGAAAAACCCACUUAAACAUUCCUUUCCAGGACACCCAAAAUACUCCUGGUGGUGUUUUUUUCACAAGCCACGUGGCAGUGGAGGUUACAUUAUAAGUGUAUAUUAUUAUGCUUACCACUUGACAAAGUGCCAUUUUUAUUUCUGAGAAAAGUUACCAGCACUGUCAUAACCUAUAAUGAAAUAUCUUGUUUUUCCUUGUUCCAUCUUAUUUUGUAACUUUCCAGAUGCAUAUAUUUUUUUUUCCCUUUGCUGUUUAUUUUGUUAUUAAUAAUUCAUUAACAUUAAGUAUAAUACUUAGUGAUUCUACAUUGGUUUUGCAAUGUUAUUUUAUUUUAACAAAGAUUAUCUCGAAAACAUAUAAAGCAUAGAGGUUGUGUUUUCUACAUUCUCAUGGACAAAAAAUGUAAUUAUUUCUAAAACACACUCCACCAUUUUUCAAAAUAACCCCUUAUAGGUGUAUUGGUAGUAUACGUUUUAGUAUUUUCUUUCUAUUGUUUAAACUGCUUCAGAUCAUUGGAGGUUAUGUAUAAAACGCAUGGUGCUAUAUUUUUAGGCUGGUUUCCGUCUUCUGAGAUUGUUUUCCCAUUCCAUUUUGCUUCCUUUUUAAUGUUCCACCUAAAAAGUCACUUACAAUAUAUAAAAAAGAGCCACAAAUGUGUGCCUUUACUUUCAGAAAAACAGUGGUGGUUUUCUAAGACAAGUAUGCAACUUCUCCUUUGUGUCUAAUUGUUUUUUGUUUUUUUUGUUUUUUUAAUCAGUUUUAAUAUUUCUGAUUCAUCUUAUUUUAAGAAUGCAUUCUAUGGAAUAAAGGAAUAAAGAGUGCUUUACUACAGAAAAGGUAGAAUAAGAGGCACUAAUAUAUAUAUAUAGGAUGGAGUAUCACUUGUAUGCACACAAACUGACCCAAAUGUAAAAGCAUAGGCAACUUUUUAUUAUCUUGGCACCUUUUCAGCUAUCUGAAUUAGCCAUUAUGGAGACAAAGGAUAAGUGAGCACAAGUGAAUUUGACAAAACACUUCCACACAAGCAUAGCAAACUCAAAAUCACCAAAACAAUGGAGUGGAAUUAAUGAUUAUAAAGAAGAUUAUUGAAGGAGGCAGAUGUUCAUUAAAAAACGUUUGGGCAAGGUGCAGUGAGAGCAGUAAAAACACCCAAUUUAUUUUCCCAUGUUUACUAUGCCUGGAUCUGUAUGAAGCAACAUUGAAAUGCGCAAUACGAUACACUGUGGCCUGGGUAUUGUACCUGUAACGACUGGAUUUCCAGAUCCACUAAGUUUUCCUAGGUACAUAUCAAUUAUCCGUGCUGUGACUACUUAUACUGCAGAAAAGUCGUUUGCUGCAGUGCUAUAGGAGGGGUCAAAAAUAAAUUGUAUGGAUCAACAAAAAGAUCUUCCUUCUACAGCAUAUGAAUUCUACUAACUGUAGAAUUACUUGAAGUGCCUCACUUAAAAUGACUUGAAGUGCCUCCAAAUAAUUGGAUAGGUUAACAGUUGUUUUUCAACUGGUCAAUACAAGUACCUAGUUAAGCAGAACUCCUGCUUGUUCAAAGAUUCCGACCAACUCCUUUCAUUCCUAUACCAACAUAGUGAAGCAUGUAAAGCAGGACAUAGAUGGGUGAAAAUAGAAGGGGUGAGUCAGCACGGCUGAAAGAGAAGGAUUCGGGUCUGCCUGAAUAAGAGGCAUGUUAGCUAGGCAUGAAUACAUGCCAGUAUGACCUCCAUAAGAACACUGUUACAGCACAACAUUCUAGUGCCCGUACUGUAGUGCAGACAUGUCUAAUGAUAUACUCACACUACAUUUUAGGGGAAAGUUCCCUUGUGUCUUGAAAAGCAGAAUACUAGGGAACAUGCGUGGGAGAGCAGGACAAGAUCCUGUCAGAUUUGGGACAAUUGGUUUGCCUCGAUUCCCAAUCAUAACUACAUUAGUCAAGGAAGAGACAUCUGUUACCAAACCCGUAUUGUCAAGCUACACAUCAUUUCUAGAAAAAUAAAAGCCCAAUUAUAUAAUGCAUGUAUGGGCAAUGUGUGUGUGUAUGUAAAAUGUAGAUCAACUUUUCAGGCCCCAUCCAGGAAUUUCAUUAGGAUCAGGAAUAUAUAUAUAUACAUACACACAAUCAUACACACACAUACACGCACGCACACAAACACACACCAAGAGUAUUACAUGGACAUUGCCUUACACAGGAGUGCAAAGUUUUAAUUAAAGAGAGCAUUAAAUUGCGGUCAUUACUGAAAGUGUGGUCAGACUGGAAUUUGCUUUUAGAGGAAAUGGUGACGGAAAAUUCACCAGGGGAAUUUAAGAUGAAACAAGAUAGGUUGCUUGAGAAAAUUCACAGGGCUAUAGGAAUCUGUAGGUCACGUUAAGGUUCUGUAUCAAUAAACACAUUACCCUGAGGAAAGGGGCCAUUAACAUCCUACAGAAAUCUGCACAUUUGGUAUUACUUUGGAAAAUCGUUCUAGUUUAAUGUUGAUAUGCUACGUGUAGUUAAAAAUACACAGUUUCCACGUUCAUAUGACUGCAAUUACCAAACUAUUUGUUAAGAAUUCCAAUCCAUCAAUAGCAUGCGUAAUAAAACAGUCAUAGAACAUUGUUGUUUUCCGGAAGACUGUGUUCAAUAAACUAGUUCUGCAUUUAAGGUCUAGAAUUAAGAACAGUCAUAUAUAUAAUAUUGGUGUGUGUAUUCUAUAUGCACGGUGGCAAGAAAGCGGAUACAUUUCUACCAAAAAAAUAGCUUUCAGACAAAGUGACAUUUUGCAUAAAUAUAUUCAUUAGAUAUAAGUAAACAUUACUUACUAAUACAAGACUGUUUUGAUUUUCUCCAACAUUUGAGUAAAUUUUCAUUUAACAGCUGCUUUCGACAAUAUGGAAUAACCUUAAUCUCUUUAUAUAUGCAUUGUGGUUUACAGAGAAACUGUAUAGAUGAUCACACCAGGAUUUUGAAUGUUUUCAUCUUAUGUAUCAUAGUUUCAAUCUAGAAAUAAACUGCUUUCAACUAGUUAGUGCAUUUUAGCGUCCUCUUUUGUAGAGUUUCAUUGCUCCCAAAAUCUACCGUCUAUGUUGGACCUACUUUCUCAUGAUAUCCAGAUCUAGGCCUGUAAACGUCAUGUGACAAUGGUUAGCAAACAUCUCCAGUGCCAAGUUUAGCCAUCACUGGUAUAAUGCUUCCCAGAGCUUCAUUACAAUGUUUGCUUUGGAAACACAUAACAUUAGACACUGACUGCUAGGUCGCAGUGGUGAUCCAAAGCAGAAACAUUUUUUGCAUGUAUUAAAAUACCAAUGAAUUAAGUAAUCACCGAUUUUUUUCAAAGUUAAAUUUAAUGGAUAACUGUCACUCCCAAUAGAAGUGACAGUUCUUUAUCCCUCCAACCCAGUAAACGCUAUUUCAGGGUUUAUUCGAGUGAGCAAAGCAGCAGAGGUAAAUGAGAAACUAAUCUCCUAUGCAUUUCCCUUAUUCCCUCAACCUUGUCAGAGAUAUCUUAUACGCGAACGCACAGUAAACAUUUCCCCAGUACUGUGCAUUAGAGACUUAUAUAUAAGUUUUCAGCAAAAUUGUAAUUUGUUUAAAUAUAGGCCGAUUGGGGUGUCGUCCGAAUAUUACACGUUCCAAUGUGCCAUAUUGAUGUAUAACCAAACAAAUACCUAGUGUGGUGGAGGAACAUUUUUGCUUGAUUUUUAAUUUAAGGUUCUGUUCAUGGCGUCAAAAAAGCGAUGAUUUAUAGGAAAGAAAGAUGAUUGGUUAGGAGCCAGGCACUAAAUGUUGGUUUUAUUCACAGAUCAAGUAGGACGUGACCUACAGAGGAGCAGUAAAAAGUGUUUAAUAAAAAUAUAUAAAUAUCAAUGUAUUUUCUUUUUACUACUUCUUCUCUUUUCCUUUUAUUGGUAACUUUUUCAAAUUGUUUUGCCAAAUAUUUUUUAUAGACAGACUAGCAUGGAUAACUAUGGGACUAUCAGAACAAAAUUGUAUUUUCUGUAAGAAUGUUAAAUAACCAACUUUAGUUAGCCAUUAUGUUCUACUAUGAUUGGGGAAGUGACAGUUCCUCUUUAAAAAUAAUUCACUAAAAAUAUAGUCAAAACCCAAUAUUCGAGUUAAGAUUGACCCCACUUCGGAUCUUUUUUGUCUAGCGGUCAAGUGUAGCAAUGUAUACGUUAUAUACCUUAUAUACAAUGUUGAUCUUAUAUAUGUAGGUAAGGUUUAUUAACAGAAUAGCAAGCUGUAGUUUAGUCAGGGGAUUGCUUUCAAAAUCGAAGGGUUGGAAGAACAAUGGUUUCUUUAGCAAUUCAUUUUUCCAUCAGCACAAUUUGCUUUGUACGAUUAUAAAUUGCAACUCUUAAAUGUAGCUGCUUCCCUUGGAAUGUGUUGGGACUGGAUAUUGGUCGAUAUUUUCAGUUUUUAAUAUUGGAAAUUCUGUGCAUAAUAUAUCAAAUAUUUUGUAGAUAAUGAGCUACUGGAAUAUUGAAUAAGGUAAUUAUUAUUAUACUAAACAAUACGCUAGUUAUGAUUUACAUCAGCAGUCUCUAUACAUAUGGUUAUGGAGCUCUUUAAAUAUUUGUACAUGACCCUUAAAGAUGUUUUUAAUUUAUUUUAAUAAUUAAGGUCCAAAGUAGAGAAAAAGCAAAAUAUAUUGGGGUGUUCAGAACUAGUAUGCGAUUAUUAUUAUUUUACUAUUUCUAUUUAAUAAACACAUAUUGGGAUAUUUCACUGUUUUUGCUUCUUUAAAAAAAAUCAGUUUCAAGCUUCUGGAUAGUCCAGCAACACAAUGGAUUCAUAUCUUGCAUUCGAGUAACUGUUUCUGUGUUUUGGAGUCUGUGUCUACAUUUACCUUCUGCUUUUGUUUUGCAGAUUUUCUUUUUCUUGUGUGAAAGAAAAGAGAUGCAGGUCGCAAUUCGGCAUGAACCUCACCUCAAAAGCCAAAUGAAAAAGAAGUUACAGAGAAUGUGGAUAGGGUGCCCUCUAGUGUAUUCAGCUUAAACUUCACCACGAAAGAGGAACUGUCUUGUCUACUCGUAAACAUGACUGCAAACACAUUUUCUACAAAAGUGAACUUACAAGUACACAGGAAAUGCGACCACAUUAUAGAGCUUCACUACAAUUAUACAGGAAAAUACCAGAAAAAAGAUGAUCAAAUGGACACAACCACCAUGCUGUUUCUUAUCAUUUGCAGUUUUAUCAUACUUGAGAACUUGAUGGUACUGAUUGCUAUAUGGAAAAACAACAGGUUCCACAACAGGAUGUACUUUUUUAUAGGCAACCUUGCACUAUGUGACUUAUUAGCUGGCGUGGCAUACAUUGCAAACAUUCUCAUGUCUGGAAGCUAUACCUGCAACAUCUCAUUGACCGCCUGGUUUGUCAGAGAGGGUAGCAUGUUCAUUGCACUUGGAGCAUCUACAUUUAGCCUUUUGGCCAUUGCUAUUGAAAGGCACUUGACAAUGAUCAAAAUGAGGCCUUAUGAUGCCAACAAAAAACAUAGAGUAUUUUUGCUGAUAGGAACAUGUUGGCUUAUCGCCUUUUCACUUGGUGCCCUGCCAAUCCUUGGUUGGAACUGCAUUGGAAACCUCAAGGAUUGCUCUACCAUAUUGCCUUUAUACUCCAGGCAAUAUGUUGGAUUUUGUAUCAGCAUCUUCAUAGUGAUUCUGUUCGCAAUAGUCAUUCUCUAUGCCCGCAUCUAUAUUCUGGUAAAAUCUAGCAGCCGCAGAGUCACUAACCAUAGUACUUCAGAGAGGUCCAUGGCACUAUUAAGGACUGUUGUCAUUGUGGUUGGUGUUUUUAUAGCCUGCUGGUCUCCCAUCUUUAUUCUUUUCUUGAUCGACGUUGCCUGUGAGGCUAACAUUUGUACGGUUCUGUACAAGGUAAAGUGGUUCAUUGCCCUUGCUGUUCUUAAUUCUGCAAUGAAUCCUAUCAUCUACACUUUGGCAAGCAAGGAGAUGCGCCGAGCUUUCUUCCGUCUUGUUUGUGUCUGCUUCGCCAAGACUAAGAAAUCAAGGUCUCUACCAAUACAGCCAACACUAGAUCACAGCAGAAGUAAGUCAAGUAGCAACAGCAAUUCACCAAAGCACAAAGGUUUGAUACAAAAUAAUUUUCAUAGUAAAGAAGAUAAAAGUGAAACCUCAUUACAAAAUGGAACCUGCAGCAAAUGACAUUGAACCUUCAAUGGACUCCUCUUUUAAAUGGAUUUUUAAGAGCGAGGAACUAUUAAAACUGUUACAAACUUUUUGGCACUUAAAUUAUAAUUGUUGAGUCAAUAGCACGAUAAAUUGUAUUUGCAUAUUUAAUGCAUGUUUCUGAAAAAAAAAAACAUGGGAAGUACCAUGAUUCAGAACAUACUAUACUAUAAACCUUGUUACAAUAGAUUUUCAUAUCUUUCAAAUUAAAUAAAAAAUUUUAGAAGUACAUACAAAAAAAGUUUAGUAUUUUCUGAGUAUUAUGAGGAUCUGCUCCUUAAAACUGUGGGUAUAUAAAGCUUGUUACUGUAUACCCCAUAAUUAUUUGCUAGAUGGAUGGUUUUGAAUUUUAACUGCAGAAUUAUGUGCAGUGAUGGCACGCUCAUGAAUUAGACCUAUCCUUUGAUUCAAAUAGAAAUUCUAACCCCUGAAACUCCAGCUCAGGAAAAUGGACAGUAUUUAAUGAAAGAGGCAUAGUUACUAAAUUGGAAAGUUUGAAGUAUUGACAAAGGAAUUACAACAUUUAGACAAAAUAACCAAGAUGCCUAUUCAGCUAUUUUGGCUAAUAGUUCUUUUAUAAUCCCCUUCUAGUUCAAGGAAUACACACUUCUUUAGUUUUGCAGGAAUAAAUAAUACUAACUCCCCUUUCCAUCUGGCAAGGUAGUAUUAAACAUAUACUCUAUUUACUAAUAAUCUGCAGAAAUUCUAGUGAGCUAAUUUCCCAUUCUCCAUUGCUAUCACAAAAGAAAAACCUCGGUUUUGAGUGAUGUCAUGUGUAUUCUUUUUUCCACAUUGGAAAAUCAAGCUUAUAGCUACAAUUGUUGUAUUUAAAAAUAUGUUUCAUUUUCAGGUGUCAGAUUUGUGCAUCUAUGAGGCAUUAUGAACUGAAAUCAGAUAUAAGGCCUACGAUACUACAUAUGUAACAUUUCUGUUAGCAUAAUAUUCUAUGAAAUUUAUCCCAAUAAGAAAUACUUUAUAAGUAAGUAAAUAUCAAAUUAAAAAUAAUGCUAUUGGGACUAUAUGGUAGAUCAGUGUUUACUAAUGCCCAGUCCUCAAGACACAACAAUUUAUAUACAAUUCCCAAAUCUAUUCUAAUGUCAUACUGACAAAAUCUGGACUAUUGGAGUGCCUUGAUGACUAAAUUGUGACUCAUUGCCUUAUUUCACAAUACAUAUUUGUUUCCUGAUCUGUUACAUUUUGAUUGGAUUUUGUAUUAUUAUGUUACAUACUACCUAACAAGCACAUAUGUCGUUGAUUCAGUAAACUGACAAGGGAAUUGACAAGGUUUAAUGUAAAUGUUGGCCAACAGAGACAAUAUUGAAAAGAAUGAUAAUUUUUACCACAAAUUUCCAAAUCACACAAAGUCUUUACAAUUCCCUGUUUACUAUACAUUUCAGAAAUACAACCAACUAUGUAUUUCUGAGAUGUAUUUCAAGACAUAUUUGCUUAACUAUAAAGAUAGAUAAAAUAUGGUUGGGAGUACCGUAAGCUACAAUGAUUGUUAAUAAAUAUUAGCAAAAAAUGUAUUUGUCAUCUGGUGAGAUCAAAUUUGAAAUUUCCAGUAUUAUCUAGACGUGUAUUAUUUAAAUAAUCCCAUUUAGAUGUUGAUUUCAAUUUGUUUAAUUUUAAACUUUAUAUGUGCACCUCCAAAAUUCAAAUAUUCCCUAGCUUUCUAAUUUUAUUUGUAUACUUAAAGCAUAUUAAUUUACAGUUCAUAACAAUAUUGAUAGUUAAUUGUGGGCAAAACAAACUGUUUUGUCUAUUAACAAUUUAAGAAUACUGAUAUUUAAAGGAACACUAUAGUCACCUAAAUUACUUUAGCUAAAUAAAGCAGUUUUAGUGUAUAGAUCAUUCCCCUGCAAUUUUACUGCUCAAUUCACUGUCAUUUAGAAGUUAAAUCACUUUGUUUCUGUUUAUGCAGCCCUAGCCACACCUCCCCUGGCUAUGGUUGACAGAGCCUGCAUGAAAAAUAAAUUGGUUUCACUUUCAAACAGAUGUAAUUUACCUUAAAUAAUUGUAUCUCAAUCUCUAAAUUGAACUUUAAUCACAUACAGGAGGCUCUUGCAGGGUCUAGCAAGCUAUUAACAUAGCAGGGGACAAGAAAAUCUUAAUUAAACAGAACUUGCAAUAAAGAAAGCCUAAAUAGGGCUCUUGUUACAGGAAGUGUUUAUGGAAGGCUGUGCAAGUCACAUGCAGGGAGGUGUGACUAGGGAUCAUAAACAAAGGGAUUUAACUCAUAAAUGGCAGAGGAUUGAGCAGUGAGGCUGCAGGGGCAUGUUCUAUACACCAAAACUGCUUCAUUAAGCUAAAGUUGUUCAGGUGACUAUAGUGUCCCUUUAAAUAUUUUACAUUAAACAACACUCAUGGCAUAUUUUCUAAUUAUACCUUAAUUAAUCAUUUAUUUUAUUUUUUAUUAAUAUAUGUAAUUUGUGGUUUCAUAAUCUUCAGCUGUUUCAUAGCGUCCUCUUAUAAAAGUGCUUAAUACAACAUGCUUAUUUUCUAAAAUACUUUACUGUUUAUGCGUUUUAUGUUUUAUUUCAUCAUUACACACUUUUUCACAGCUAGAUUGAAACAUGUGAAUGCCAUAGUAAAAAUUGAUACUCAAAACUUAGAAAGUAGCUUAUGUGAUAUACUGGCAAUAUUUUUGUUAUUUAUAUAGAUAUAUGUAUGUUUUGUGUAUAUACAUAUAUAUGUUAAAUUGUAGUUUUCUCUCAUAUAAAUUGUUUUCUUAAUGUAAC